AUGACUGCUUCAAACACCACAGUUUUUUUCGGAGCCAUCGUCAAUCCCGCCAGAAGAGCACUUGAAUACCUGCCCCAAGCUGCUAUCGGUGUCAGGGAAGGGGAAAUCGUCUUUUUCGACAGACAUGCUGAAUCGGCUUCGGCGUCUGCUGCCACCCACAACAUUAAGAACUUCGACACGGUGGACUUGUCGAAAACCACCUCGUUCCUUUUCCCCGGUUUCAUCGACACUCACAUUCAUGCGCCCCAGUACCCCAACAGCGGUAUUUUCGGCAAGACCACACUGCUAGACUGGCUGACUACCUACACCUUUCCCCUGGAGUCGUCUCUCAAGGACCCCAAAAUCGCCCAGGACGUGUACUCCAGGGUAGUCAAGAAGACUCUCGCCAACGGAACUACAACGGCUGCUUACUACGCCACUGUCCACGUGGAGUCCACAAAGAAACUGGCUGACAUUUGUCUGUCUCAAGGUCAGAGAGCACUUGUGGGAAGAGUGUGCAUGGACCAAAACACUCCUGAUUACUACAGAGAUGCAAGCGUGGAGGAGGCCAAGAAGAGCGACCGGGAAGUUGUUGAGUAUAUUCAGUCUCUUAACAAACCCGAUCGCAUCCUCCCCAUCAUCACACCCCGUUUUGCGCCCUCUUGCACUGGUGAAAUCAUGUCCUGGCAGGGAGACUAUGCCCAGAAGAACAACCUGCACAUCCAGACUCACAUUUCUGAAAACAAGGGCGAGAUUGCCUGGGUCAAGGAGCUGUACCCUGCUUGCAAAUCGUAUGCAGACACAUACCACCAGCAUGGACUGCUGACAGAAAAGACGCUUCUGGCCCAUGCCAUCUAUCUGACCGACGAAGAACUCAACCUGGUGGAGCAGCAAAAGUGUGGACUUUCCCAUUGCCCCAUUUCCAACUCGUCGCUGACAUCAGGCGAGUUCCAUGCUCGAAAAAUUCUCGACAGGAACAUUCCCUUUGGUCUGGGAACCGAUGUUUCUGGAGGUUACGCUCCUUCCAUUCUCAGCACAGCCAGACACGGUCUUCUGGUGUCUCGUCACGUGGCCAUGAAGUCCGAAAACGACGCCGACAAGCUGUCUGUGGAUGAGGUACUGUACUUGGCCACUCUGGGUGGCGCCGAGGCUCUCAAACUGGACUCAAAGAUUGGUUCUUUCGAGGUGGGCAAGAAGUUCGACGCCCAGCAGAUUGAUCUCGAGACUAACGGUUCUCCUGUUGACAUUUUUGACUGGGAAUUGCCUAUUUCCGAGGGAAACAAGCUCGAGAACCUGGUGCACAAGUGGUUGUUUAAUGGAGACGACCGAAACACUUCUACUGUCUGGGUCAACGGAGACAAGGUGGUGACCAAGUAG